AUGCCGCCUUCGGCCAAAAAGAGGAAAUUUAUCACACUGCAGGAUAAGGCUGAAAUUAUUGCCCAAGCUGGAAAGGGCAGGAACAAAAUGGAUAUCGCCGAAGAAUUUGGAAUUGCGUGCAGUUCGAUAUCGACAAUUCUGAAAAACAAGGCCUCCAUUCUUGGCGCGCUCGGAAAUGGUGUGAGUGCGAAAAACAAAACGGUGAGCGCUGCGGCUUUUCCAGACGUUGACAAGGCGGUGUUUGCAUGGUUUUGUGAACAGCGUGCCAACAAAGUGCCGCUGUCUGGCAGAGUUCUUCAGCAGAAAGCCCUGGACUUCGCAUUCAUUCUCGGGCAUGCUGAUUUUAAGGCUAGCCCUGGCUGGUUGAGCCGUUUCAAAGCCCGCCACGACAUAGUGGCCAAAGUCAUUUCCGGGGAGGCAGCAGCCGUCGACCCUUUGACAACGUCGUCGUGGCUGCUGACCAACAAAGAAGUAUUGGACCAGUACAAGCCCUCGGACAUUUACAACACAGAUGAGACGGCCUUAUUCUACGAGAUGCUGCCAUCGAAGACCCUGGACUUAAAAGGCCAAGAAUGCCGCGGGGGGAAACACAGCAAGCGGCGUGUAACAAUUUUGUUGUGCACCAACAUGGACGGCACAGAUAAACGGCCACUACUUGUGAUCGGCAGAAGUAAGAAGCCCCGCUGCUUCAAGGGAAAUCGUCGGCUGCCCGUACAGUGCACCGCGAACCUGAAGGCAUGGAUGACCCGGGCCAUAUUUGGCAGCUGGCUCGAGGCCUUCGAUACGGACAUGCAGAAGGCAGGCAGAUCGGUCUGCCUUUUUGUGGACAAUUGCAGUGCCCAUCAUGUCGAUGACGUGGAACUGGGAAACGUGCAUUUGGUUUUUUUUCCACCGAACUGCACUUCCGUGCUGCAGCCGCUUGAUCAAGGCGUCAUUCGUAGUGUCAAGUGCGCCUACAAGGAGAGGCUGAUUCAGCGUCUGCUGCUGAACCUCCAGUUAAAGCUUCCCACCGUAGUGGACAUGUUCAUGGCGCUUGAGAUGAUGGCCGCCACAUGUGUUGCGACGUCGCCAGGCGUGAUAGCUAAUUGUUUUAAUCAUGCCGGCUUCAUUGCCACUCGGCAAGCAUCGUGCGCUGAUCCAGUGGCAUCGCAAGAAGAUUCGCCUGAAGGUGCACUAGUUGACAGUGCUGACGGCGCAGUGCCGCCAUCGCUGGCCCACGCAUGGGAUGAACUUUCUGCCGUGACAGAUGGUGUUCCGGAUGGCCUCAGCAUCGAUGGGUUCCUUUGUGUGGAUGAAGGUGUUGUCCAUGAAGAGGUGACUGAUGAAGUCAUCAUAAGUAGCGUUUGCCAAGGUGCCGACGACGCCGACGACCACCAGACACCAAAUCAAGAGAGGACUGCGAACCCGCGGGAUGUGUUGAAUGCCUUCGAUGUAAUUCGAUCAUUUUUCGGUGAGCAUGAUGACGACGUGGCAAUGGACCACUUCUUGCAGUGCGAGUCGAGAGCAGUAAAAUUGCUGCAAGGCAAGGCUCGGCAAAGUAAGCUGACUGACUUUUGGCAAUAA